CAGACGAGGUGGAUUAUGCAGAUGAUCCGGCAAAUUUGGCAGUUACGAUUCAAUACACGUGUCACCUGCGAAGGCUCUCAAGCGUGCCGUGCUCGUAUAGUGCUGCCCGAAGCUAGCAAGUGCACAAAUUCUACGUCAUGUUGCAUCGGCUUUCUCCAAUAACCCUCAGGACUCAACCUCGCCGUCAACACUCGAUUAGGUUCUGAUAAAUAAUGGAGGCCCAAACUUCCAAGGUCGUUCUUAUCGUGCCCAAACAGCAUGUCAAGACUGUGAAGUCUUCCCUGGAGCGGGCCGGACAACUUGACCGGAGCAGCAAGAUCGUACCUGACUUGGAUAGCGAGAGAGUACCAAGUGCAGUUGAGAGUUCGACUGGUUCGAGGCAAGGAGCUGAUUUAUCAAACUCAUUCCAAUCUGAAGCAAGCACUAUGGCAUCACCAGGAGAAGCCUCCCAGGCAUCUUCAAAUCUCACACAGCAAUCACGCUUUCCAAGGCUACAUUUCGACGUGAUCAGCGGCGAAUAUGUCGACCACUCAUUAUUACAAGAUAGAUCUCAGCAUGGAGACCAGACAGCCGGAGAUCAGCUCUCGAGCCUGGCAGCUGAGGCGCCUGGUGACCGCGACAGUCGUAUUACAUUUCCCACCCUGCAGUUCGACGUGGUUAGAGGAGAGUAUAUCGAGCCUUCCACGAUGAUUACGGAAGGCGAAAAGGCUACGGAGUCUGUUCAACAACGCAUGCGUAUUCCCACCAAUAUUCCGUACACUACGAAAAUGGACGGCUCAAACGAGAUCUUGGACGCGGACGAUUUGAUGUUCAGGAUAACAGAAGAUCUCGCACUGGAAGAGCUUUCCAAAGACAUAUAUAUCUCCCAUCACGUCCCGAGCCCGGCAGUAUCCCUGCACGCAGCUCACAGAAGUCCUGUUCAUAAGGCUUUAGAAACCGCGCUCGCCUUGUUCCUGGAUCUUGCAUCUUUAUCAAGCAAGCUUACAGUCGAAGUACUUGUUACAGCGUUCCCGGAUGGAUAUUCAAUAUACAAGCCCAUGCUUCUUCUUCCGCACAACGCCUUAUCUUCCGCACCGUGGCGAACUCUCAUCGCCAUCUAUCCAGUAGACUCAGACAGCAUGAAAGCGGUAUGGCGGGAUGUUGCAGGAUCAGUGGGUGCGACACAUAUCGCCAUCAAUGCGCCUAUACCGAUAUCCACAUCUUCGACAUCAGUGUCAGCGAUCGCUGCGACUGGCAAAGAAAACGUACUACGUAGCCCAGCUAAUCUCACACCUCUAUACGGCAAUUUCGGUCCUGCACCGACACCGCAAACCAUAACCUCACCAUCAGAAACAGACUUUGAUGACGCUCUAUGGGUGACUGCACGCCAAAACGGCAUUUGGCAAACUUGGGCACCGCUCUACACGAUGUUUAGCCGUGGCAAUGUCAAUGAGAAAGCAAGGAUCUUGAAUCUUCCUUCAGUGAACGAUCUGGAUGUUGCAUCAACAGCCGUCGAUCUUUACGCUGGAAUCGGCUACUUUGCUUUCUCGUACAAGAAGAGUGGAGACGGCCGGCAUGCAGGCGUCAAGCAAGUUGCAUGCUGGGAGAUAAAUCUGUGGAGUGUUGAAGGACUACGGAGAGGAGCAGAGAUGAAUGGUUGGACCUGCCGAGUACUCAAAGGCACAGACAUAGCACGAAUUCGUGGAACUUCCGCAGUGGACGAUCCCUACUUCCACCAAGCUGAUCUUCUGGUCUUUCAGACAAGCAAUGAGAGUGCUGAGACGGACUACGCGUUGCUUCCAUUGCCUAAGCCACCUGUUCGGCAUGUCAAUCUUGGCUUGCUACCUUCCUCCAAGCUCUCCUGGGAUGUUGCGGUUGCGAUGCUUGACAAGCAGCUUGGAGGGUGGAUCCAUGUGCAUGAGAAUGUUAGCGUCAAAGACGUCGAGACGAAGCGAGAAACUAUAGAAGAAGACUUUCGGAGCUUGGUGGGCAGGGACAAUGCCAUAACGGAAAGGAAGGUCCAGGUGGAGCAUGUGGAGAGAGUGAAGAUGUACGCACCGGGUGUUGUGCACUGUGUGUUUGAUGUCAUGAUUGGAGGCGGUACCUAACAUACUUUGAGCAUCCGUCUAUUGUCAAUACCGCGGUAUGGCUGCCAAUAUAUAGAGCUAGACAUGAGCUAAACCAAGAGACUACUUAAGACCUGGAUAUACACCACACGGCUCUAAAUCUCACCGAGUCUUACUUGUAUACUAGCAUGGCAUGUGGAUUUCUCGCACUUCACUAAUUGAAACAAU